CUGCUGCUGAACAGCCUCCGCCAGCGGGCUCCGCUCCUCCGGGCUCCGCUCCUCCACCGCAGCAGCUCCACGGCCGAAUCGCGUUUUCAGUGGCUCCGGUUUAGCGAGCGGGCCGCCGUAGCUGCAGUAGGCGGAAUCCUGACGCGCCUCGCCGUGCAGGGGUUUUGGGAAUGGCCGCGGAGUUCCUGGUCAAGCUGUAUGAAUAUUCUCCUGUUUUCUACAUCUGCGUCAUUUCAGUCUGCUUCAUCAUCACCACGACGGCUCUGCUGGGCUACGGGUUCGGCUUUGGCAUCCCAGUGAUCCUGCAAAGCAUUGAUGAAGCGGAAUCUUUCUCUCCUGUUCCAGAGAAGAAGAUGGUGCAGGUUACCAAUCCCUUCGCUCUGGAGAUGGGCACAACAGCGGGCACAGUAGCGGAUGGAGUGGGCUUGCGGCCGUACUGUCUGGAGGACUGUGUGCUGACCUGUUUUUGGGGCUGUGGAGUUCAGGCUCUUCAGGCUGUGCUGCAGAAACACCAGCACAGGACCAGGCUGUCCACUCCACGCUCCUUCCAGGAGGCCCUGCAGUUUCACUACCUGCACUGCCAGACCUUUCACGUCCAGAAGGAGGAGAGGGACGAGUGCUUUACUGAGCUGCCGGCAGAUGUCGGGGUGUGGGAUUUUGGGCCUCUCCCGCGGGAUCGUUAUCCGUUAGUGGCUGUUUUAACCUUGGCUAAUGCUGAGCACAGAGAUUCUUACAAUAUAGUCGCCAGUGUAACGGUGCUCCACGUUCCUGAUGAUAAAUACAGGCUCUCUGCGAGGAUUCUGUCUCAGUAUCUGCACACGACUCAGGGGAACACGUAUGAUUUAAAGCCUCUCUUCAUGUCCACAGAUAGUGGAGAGCAGUCUGGAUCCUCCACCGCAGACACUGGGCCACAGACUAAACCACCUGAGGAGGAGGCGGAGGAGCCAGAGAAGGAAGAGGAGGAGCCAGGAGCGCCGGGCAGAGACUGUGUUGUGUGUCAGAACGCACCGGUGAACAGAGUGUUGUUACCAUGCCGACACACGUGCAUUUGUGACGGGUGCGUGACGCGGUUUCAGCACUGCCCAAUGUGCCGGGCUUUCGUGGUAGAGUCCUUUGCUUUGGCCAAUCAGACACUUCCCGAAGGUGAAUCGGAGGAGUGAAUUACGUUACAUAAUCAGCAUCCGUGUUAGUGUUGAAGGAAUACUGCAGUGUUUUUUAUUUCUAUCUGUUCCAUCUGCAGCGUACAGUCGGGUAUGAUACAGUUAGUCCUCUGUAGAUGGGAAAGAAUACAAAGCCCACUGAACUGGACACUUUAUAAUAGAAGUCAAUGGGCAGAUGCUCUGAAAUAUUAAAGGAACACACACGUCUUGUCCAGCCUAAUCUGUAGCACAUCGUUUAACACCACAGACAAUAACUAAAGUGUGCUUGGAAAAGAGUGAACGAGUGAAAAGUGCAUGAACUAAAACACAGUUAUAAUGGGAGGCAGUCCUGGGCUGCAGGUUAGGGAACCAGUCAUGUGACCGGAAGGUCGCCAGUUCAAUCCCCUCAGCUGACAGUAUGUGGGGCACCCAACCCCCAUGGGCGCUGUGGAUAGGGCUGCCCAAGUGUGCUCACUGCCCCCUAGUGUGUGUGUGUGUGCUCACUAGUGUGCAUGUCUGCGGGUGUUUCACUGCAUGGGUGGGUUAAAUGCGGAGGUCUAAUUCCACAGUGUGCAGAACACAGUUGGCUGAUGGUUCUGCAUUCAGUUCAGUGGGCAGAUGAUCUGACGUGACUUCAGGAUUUUCUUAUCCAAUCUCCGUCUGCUACUGUAAUAUAUAUGAUUUUAUGAUUUAAGAAUUGGCACGUUCUUAUAAAGGAACAAAAAAAGUUCUAAUGGAAGUCAAUAGGCAGAUGCUCUGAAGUGUUACAAGAACAUUUUAGUACAUUUAAACCUAAUUUAUAUUUGCUGUAGGUGUAGCUUAUAGCUGAUUACCGGACAAUAAUUUCCCUGAACUUAUAAAAGAAAAUCAGAAAGUAACUUAUUAUAACUGGGUUAUAAUAGAAGUCAAUGGGCAGAUGCUCUAUAAUAUUAAAGGGACACUUCAGUCUUUUCAAAUCUGACCUCUGCUGCGUCUCUAGCAGUUAGACCACCAGACAGUAACUGAAUCGUACUUAAACGAGGAAACUCUUCAUCUAAAAGCACUGCUGUAGUAGAAGUCAACGGGCAGAUGUUUAAGUAUUAAAGGACACUUUGGAGCUUUUCAGCCUAACGUCUGUCAGGUAUGUCUGCAGAUGUCUGCAGCAGAUGGGGUUUAAUGUUGAAUCAGACGGUGAGUUCCGUAGCUAAGGACAUUUCAGAAAGUCAUGUUACAUAUUCAGACUGAAGAUAUGUAGAUAGCGUGGAUUUUUCUUUUCUUAUGUGUUUUUUUAAUAUGUAAAAUGGUUUAAGUGUUAAUACCUAAAUACAUGCGUAUGUACAUACACAUUUUAUUGUCUUACUGACUGCUGAGGCGAGAACGUUUUCAUGUUUGUUUUCUUGCUGGAAAAUGUUUUGGAUGAGACGCUUCAAGUUAGAAAUGAAUUAAAAUCAAAGAUAUUGUUAAAAAUGGUUCUGUCAGAGGUGGGCGAUACGGCAAAAAUCGUAUAUAUUGAGAUACUUCAGGAAACUGUCGUGAUGCACGGUAUUUGUUUGACAUUUGAUGAGCUGGAUAAGUGGAAAAAGAGCCAGGAGUGCUAGAUCUUAUAAAAAUACGAUCCAGAACUAUAAACACAGUCGUUUUUGUUCAAUAUGUAGCACAAAUUCCAGUUAAACUAGAUUAAUUUUGCUCUCUUUAUAAUGAAACAUGCAGCUGGUUGGUGUCUGUAAGUACUGAUGAUGUACACAAUGUUCAGAAAAGCUUAUUCUAUUUUAUUGUGGCAUCAUUGAUCACACACACACACACACACACACAGACACACACACACACCUGAUAUUGCCCAGCUCUAGGUUUAGUCUACUGUAAAAAUGUUGUAUAUACUCACUGUACUGUACUGAUUUCAUAGAAUUAAAACAUCUAAAUUAUGGACUUA